AUGUUUACUACUUAUCUCUCGACGAAGAUAACUAGUAUUGCGAUGUUUACUACUUAUCUCUCGACGAAGAUAACUAGUAUUGCGAUGUUUACUACUUAUCUCUCGACGAAGAUAACUAGUAUUGCGAUGUUUACUACUUAUCUCUCGACGAAGAUAACUAGUAUUGCGAUGUUUACUACUUAUGUCUCGAUGAAGAUAACUAGUAUUGCGAUGUUUACUACUUAUCUCUCGACGAAGAUAACUAGUAUUGCGACGCUUACUACUUGUAUCUCUCGACGAAGGUCCUCAAGUUGGCUUGAAACGUCAGAGGCAAAUGAACCACGACACUCAAAAGCUAACUUUGAACAUAAAGAGGUUUUUGUGAUUGUUUUACAGGCGGUGGACGAUAUACGAACGUUAAAAAUCAAACCGAGUGGAAAAUUAGAACAACUAGAAGAAUAUAAAACGUCAGGAGAAAAAGCUGAGGUAUGAUGACACGCAUUUUUUAUGAGAGUUGGCAAGCGAGGGGUUUGCAUGAGAAUUUUGUCAACUUUCAUGCCCCGGGGAAAUCAUGAGCGUGAAGGAGUUUGUAUAUCUGAUACAAAAUCAUGUAUUUACAUAAACGUUAAGUUCAAUUUUCUCACCAAAUAUCAUUAAUUUAUUUUAAAUUGUUUAAGAAUACGAAUGUUCUCAUCAAGACGUUUCAGAAGCCAUUUACUACAGCAUUCGCGUCCGUGUUGUAUCGCGGCACAGGCUUUUAGCCAGAAGGGCGUCCAGGCGUCCUGGGACGCCCAUAGAACAAAAAAUGGACGCCUUUGGACGCCCAAAUUCUGGGGGGAAAAGGAAAUUAUUUUCAAUUAUUUCCCUAAGUAUAUUAAUAUAUCUGAAACGAAAUAGCUUCAAUUCUCAUUAUUAUUAUACAUUUGAAAUUUUGAUCAAUUUGAUGGUGUACCUGGCUGAAUGAAAAUGUCGUAGUUAAGUAAAGAAGCAUAGCGGCACAAACUCACAAAGCCAAGUGUGUUUGAAAAAUUUCGAACGAGCUUGGAACAGAUACUGAUAUGAAGUAACGUAAACUUCAAAGGUUUUCCAGAGGAACUGUUUCUCAACCCCCUCAGGCCCCCUCCCUCUUUACUGUAGAUAUAUCGUUGUACCAAAAUUGGACGCCCUCUUUUAGGACCCUGGCUAAAAGCCUGAUCGCGGAUAUGCACGCACAACAAAGUUUUUUUCGUACUUAUAAACCAAUGAACGACACAUUUUAUUUUUCUUGCAGUAUUUAAAGCUGGUACGUUCAUUCAAAGAUUAUGGUUGUGUACGUUUCCCGCAUUGCGAAUGUGAUGCAAGGAAGAAUGGUCAUGUGAUUGUAUCGUUCAACUUAGACAGUGUCAUGCUACAGGGUUGUACCGUGGAGGGAGAGCUCGAGGUUCGAUUCUUAUUUUUCAUUUAAAGUACAAUGAUAUUUACACUGUUGUAAAAACUGACCAACAAAAUGGUUAUAGUGAUGUGUCUUUCACCUAAGUCUGCAACAUUGUUGUCUGAUUAUGUGAGAAGAUUGCUUCCAACUUGACUCACCAGGUUUUCUGCCUAGUUUCUAGCCUUAAAGUUAUUGUAGACAACUAGGGUACUAAAGUUAUUAUAAAUCCGAAUUAGGAAUGUUCGGUAUGAGAAAUUUCCGGCAUCGGUAUACCGAAAAAAUUAUACCGAUAUUAUAUACCGGUUUACCUUUGAUAAUUAUAAAGGAAAAUUCUUUAGUGGAAAUUUGAAGGAAAUUUUGAGUAAUUCUAAAAGGGAAAACGAUAAUUCCGAAGCUGUUUCGAACACGUACUCAGUGUAAAAUCUCACUGAAGUGGAAAUUCUAAAUCAUUGCAGUAGAAAGUUCUUUGAAUUGCCAUUCAGUAGUAAAAUAAUGGUUAUGCUUUCUCCAUAUAGUUGGUAAAUUUAACACGAUAUACCGAAAAAUUCCGGUAUAUCGGAAAUUUCGGUAUAUCGGUAUAUGGUUGAAUAUCCGGUAUCGAUAUACCGAUAUUGAUUUAACACCGAUAUUUUCGGUAUAUCGGUAUACCGAACAGUCCUAAUCCGAAUAAAAAAUUAGUAAAAAUCACAAAACUUUAUAUACAUUAUAUAUGGAAAUUAUGACAGUCUCUUUCUAAUGAAGUUUUUUUGUAGAAGGUACAAAUAGAAAAGGUCAUUAGUUAUCCAGUGCAUAGUUAUUUUAGUUGAAGAUCUCAUCUUUCUAUCAUUAGAAAUGAUAGAGCUAUUUUGGUAUAAAUGGAGUUUAGAUUUCUUCAUGUUUAGUACCAUUUGACCAAUGAUUCUUGCUGAACCUCUAGGAGGAACUGAUAGAUCUAUCCAGUAUGAAUAAAGUCAGUUUAAUUUAGGUUUCCUCCUGUAGUAACACUGGGUCAAUAAGAGAGAUGAUUCUUACUGGACCUCUAGGGAGAAGAAUUUAGAACUGAUAGAACUAUCCAGUGUAAAUAAAGUCAGUUUAAUAUAGGUUUGCUGUUGUAGUAACACUGGAUCAAUAAGAGAUGAUCCUUACUGGACCUCUAGGGAGAACAAUUUAGAACUGAUAGAGUUAUCCAGUAUAAAUAAAGUCAGUUUAAUAUAGGUUUGCUGUUGUAGUAACACUGGAUCAAUAUGAGAUGUCCCUAACUGGACCUCUAGGGAAAACAAUUUAGAACUGAUAGAGCUAUCCAGUAUAAAUAAAGUCAGUUUAAUAUAGGUUUGCUGUUGUAGUAACACUGGAUCAAUAAGAGAUGUCCCUAACUGGACCUCUAGGGAGAAGAAUUUAGAACUGAUAGAGCUAUCCAGUAUAAAUAAAGUCAGUUUAAUAUAGAUUUGCUGUUGUAGCAAUAAGAGAUGUCCCUAACUGGACCUCUAUAGGGAGAUGUUGGAUCAAUAAGAGAUGUCCCUAACUGGACCUCUAUAGGGAGAACAGUUUAGAACUGAUAGAACUGUCCAGUAUAACUACAACCUUGAGUUGAGUUUAUUUUGCUCUAGAAAUGGUAUGUGCCUUUGCAGAAUAUAUAAGGUGUAAUUUUUUGUGUCGUUUGUCCUUCUAGGAUCUAACCCACACGUUUGCUUACGAAGAUUUCGUCCACUGGGACGAGGAUGAAGAGGGGAUGGCGUUCUAUUUUCAAUAUUCACGACCAGGAAAGAAACCACGCUCUGUCAGAAUACUCUCACCUUAUGUAAGUAUAUGCUGCAUAGAGAAACUGUAUUUCUAGUUCAAUC